UCCGUCUUGAACCAUGUGUCAAGUCAGCGCCGAUGAGGCCGAAAACAACACUCAAAUCUCCCAAAACCACGUGAGCAUGGCGGAGGUGUUGUCCGAAGAAGAUCGGGAGAGGAAAUCAAAGAUGUCCGCAGUUGUAGUGGUGCACGGUGGGGCGUGGGCCAUACCUGAUGAGCUGGCCGAGGCCUCCGUUAGUGGAGUGAAGGCUGCGGCGUGUGAAGGGUUCUCUGCGCUGAAGCGAGGAGGAAACGCCGUGGAUGCUGUUGAAGCGGCUGUGAGAGCUUUGGAGGACAACACCGUGUUUAAUGCAGGCCAUGGAGCAGCACUAAACGCCAAUGGAGAAGUGGAGCUGGAUGCCAUCAUCAUGGACGGAAGCACACUGGCCAGCGGGGCCGUGUCUUGUGUGAAGAACAUCGCCAACCCGGUGUCACUGGCCCGUGCAGUGAUGGAGAAGACUGCCCACAUCAUGUUGACAGGCAGAGGCGCGAACAUGUUUGCUGAGAGCGUCGGUGUGGCCACAGUCCCCACUGAGACACUGGUGACGGAGUACGAGAGGAAAGAAUGGGAGAAACGCAAGCAUUAUGUUGCAGGGGUGAUGGAAGAUUUCAACUCUCAGUGGGCCCAUGAUACUGUCGGGGCGGUUGCUGUGGACUGUGCUGGCAAUGUUGCGUGUGCAACAUCAACUGGUGGGAUCAGAAAUAAAAUGGUCGGCAGAGUAGGAGACUCUCCGAUUAUUGGCUCCGGAGGAUAUGCCGACAACUUCAGCGGUGCGGUGUCUUGUACCGGUCAUGGAGAGUCCAUUCUCAAAGUCACGUUGGCCAGACUCAUUCUUUCACAUAUUGAACAAGGUAAACCAGUGGCAGAAGCCUCACAGGCGUCUCUGCGGUACAUGGGAGACCGUGUUCGAGGUGCAGGAGGAGCGAUCGCAGUUUCUCCGUCAGGGCAGUGGGCAGCCACUUUCACCACAGAGCGGAUGGCCUGGGCAGCUGUGGAGGACGAUGUUCUGUGGUAUGGAUUGGACCCAAAUAUGAGAUUAAAAGAGCAGUUGUCCAAGUAACAAGUUUAAACAUUUUUUGUUGUUGUUGUUAUUGUAUUGAGAAAUAUAUCUGUGGAGACUCUCAUUCAUCCAGGUUCAUAGUUACUGUAUCCACAAGAAGAACCUACAACCAAGUCCAGUUGCCCCUGAUUCAACACCCUCGUGGAUUGAGAAAUAUAACAGCUCCCUGUUAUAUUUCUCAAUACAAUGUAAAAAAAACAAAACUAUUUCAAAUAUGUUCUCCACUAAUUUAACUUCCUGGAUCCCUUGGUCUCACAUUCUAUACUGUUGCUAGAAGAAAUUAGUUAUUUUUCUUCUGUCUAAUCUGAGAUGUCAGAGCGAGUGAUCGGAUCUCACUUCCCCGCGCUACGUGUGCGAAAGAAACAUGUGAAUCAUCGAUGUUUGCAAAGACAAGACGCCGUGAACCAGUCUCAUUGAAUUAUGUCUAGUUUUCAGUGCUCGUCGAGAACCUCUAAACUCUUGUUGUCAACACAACAACAGCCCCAUUCAUGAGCUCCAUCCUCUGAAACAAUGGCUGCUCAGAGCCACUCGACGGAUGGAGACCUGAUUCAGAAUUUGAAGUAGAUAGCAUGAUCGUUUGCUCCCAACUGUAAUUGAGGAUGGAGGUGGCACAGAAUGGCUUCCUUUACAUGCUGUAUUUCAUUUUUUGAAACGGAGAUAGAAGAGUUACUGUAAAUCUAUAGCCCCCUUAAAUGACAUUUCAGAUUGCUAUGCCUUAGACUGGAUACAUCUUUGAAUAACUUGUAUUUCUUUAUUUCAUGUACACAUUUCUAAUUACAUUUGUCUUGUGUAAGUGAUAGCAAUGCAAAUGAACAUUACUUACAACAUUUUAUACUGUAACUAAGUGUAGUAGAUUUUUUCAAGCAUAAACCAUCUGAAAUAUUGGAAUCCCUUGUGACAUUACAUUUCAUUCAUUUAGCAGACGCUGUUGCCCAAAGUGACUUACAAUAAGUGCAUUCAACCAUGAAGAUAUUGCCCGAAAGUGCAAGAAUCGAUGUAGAUUCCAUAAACAUUUAUCAAAUAGGCAAAAACAGUUUUGAGUGAUUUUUUAUUGUCUAAAAUGAAUGAAGUGGGACUGAUGGUAUGGUGCAGUAACUGUUGUCCUGCUCUGUUAUUAUAUUGACUAUGGACUUUUUGCAUGUAUCCAUUAUUCUGUGGCUACGGUAGGCCUAUGCAACUUUAAAACUUUUUACAAUGGACAGAUUUGUUUCCAAGUUUUAAAAAUUAAUAAAUUGAAUUAUUUGUACCACCUGAAAA